GUAGAGUUCUUUACUCGUCAAACAUCUCUCAUCGAGAGAGAGAGAGAGAGAGAGAGAGCAAUACAUAAGUAUAUAUAUACAUACAUAGUUUCAAUUACUUUGUUUUCUAUAUAGAGAAACGAAAAACAAAGAUGAAAGGGCAAAGGCAAUGCGGGAUUAUGUGCCAAAGGCUCGAGAAAGUGAAGCCAAUAUUGGCAAUCAUAUCCCUCCAGUUUGGGUACGCGGGCAUGUAUAUCAUCACCAUGGUUUCCUUCAACCACGGCAUGAACCAUUGGGUCCUCGCCACUUAUCGUCAUGUCGUCGCCACCGUUGUCAUGACCCCCUUCGCCCUCGUUAUCGAAAGGAAAAUCAGGCCGAAGAUGACACUCCCAAUAUUCCUUAGGAUUCUUGCCCUUGGAGUCCUCGAGCCGGUGAUGGACCAGAACUUGUACUACAUGGGGAUGAAAGCCACGUCAGCAACGUACACUUCUGCUUUUGUCAAUGCACUUCCUGCCGUAACCUUCAUAAUGGCCGUCAUUUUCAGGUUAGAGACGGUGAACAUGAAGAAAAUACACAGCCUUGCAAAGGUUGUCGGAACGGCGAUAACGGUGGGAGGAGCGAUGGUGAUGACGCUUUACAAGGGUCCGGCCAUACAGCUCGUGAAAUCGGCGGCCCAUGGGGCCCACCACGGAGGAGCAGCCGCCGCCGGGGCCGCCGACCAAAAUUGGGUCACCGGAACCCUAUUGGUCAUCGGCAGUAUUGUCAGUUGGGCUGGUUUCUUCAUCCUACAAUCAUUUACAUUGAAAAUAUACACGGCGGAGUUGUCGUUGGUUGCAUGGAUUUGCUUCAUGGGAACGGUUCUAAACGCCGUCGUUUCGCUCGUGAUGGUGCGUGACGUCAGCGCUUGGAAAGUCGGAAUGGACUCCGGCACACUCGCAGCGGUUUACUCCGGAGUGGUCUGUUCGGGGAUCGCCUAUUACAUACAAAGCAUCGUGAUAAAGGAACGUGGACCUGUUUUUACGACGUCGUUUAGUCCCAUGUGUAUGAUCAUCACCGCUUUCCUCGGCGCUCUGGUUCUCGCCGAGACGAUCCACCUCGGAAGUAUUAUCGGGGCGGUUUUCAUAGUUUUCGGACUGUAUAGCGUCUCACUCCCGAUCACGAACACGGACAAACAAAAAACGAACGGUCCAGAUGUAACCGGUGCACUAACUCACGGUGUGACCAAUAGUACCUGAAUUCAGCCCAUCGACGAAGCGAAAAAAGAAAAAAAAAGAGAAGACAAACACGAUCUCAAUUUUUGAAGUCUAAAAAGAUUUUCCAAGUGGGAAAGUUGUUAUCUUUAUGAUUUUGCGUUUUCAUUUUCAAUCUCUCUCUCUAGUUCUUGACUCAUGAUGAUGAUAUAUAUAUGUAUACAUAUGUAUGUAUACCUAUAUGUACUUUGUACUCUUUUCAAAUGUAUUUUGGAUUUUCAAAGACAAGUGAAGAAAACUCAUCUGGGAAAAUUAUAAAAUCAUUAAUUUCGGGCGGAAGAGUAUGACGUG